AUGCAGUUCAACAACUACCACGACGAGGCGCCGCUGAAGACCGACAGUGACGCGCCGCCACCGGCCGAGGGACGCAUGGAUAUUGUACAAAGUGGUACUGAUAGUAUGAAGUUUAAGUACAAUCAUGACAAUGAUUUCGUUGAUAGCCGGUUCAAAGAAUUGAUCCCACAUCCUGAAGUUGUUGGUGUACUUCAAACUGACAAGUAUGGGAACUCUGUGAAACGGGAUCUCAAAUUCCAUCACAGCACUCUAUGGUAA